CCGGAAGUGAGUCGACUACUGUUUUGCAGUAUUAGCGAGUAACGUGAAUGAAAGUUUUGUUAGUACAUUGGGUCAUGUGUUUACGUUGAAACAUUUUUAUUAGGCGGAAAACAUGAAGAAAAGGUUUCAUAUCAACUUGGACGAUUCAAUUUUCAACAAGGAAAUAUCACCGCCAAAACCACAGUUUCAGCCUUCAUCAUCUAAAGGACAACAAAACAAAACAUCCUCCACUGCUUCUACCGCAGAGCCGGCUGCAAAACAAGCUGACCAACCCCUGUCUUAUGCAGAAUACAUCGUCAAGAGUAAAAGCAAUGUGGCUGCUGUUCCACAGAGAGACCCCUCCUCCGAAGUGCUCAGGACUGAAGGUGCUGGACUCWCUAGUCUGAAGCAAGCAGAGCCAGAGUGCGUGCCAUCCAGCACAAGAAGGAGAUGUGAAACAGACCAGGGUGUUGUUCAGGACACUGAAGCUCAAACUGAGAGGAUGAAAAAGAGUGAGGUGAUUGAUGGAAAUUGCCAAAAGUCAGAUCCUUGUCUGAACCAGGGUCCUAAACCAGUGGGGUCUGGGAGCAGCAUUAUAGUUAGUCCUCGACAGAGAGGAAAUCCCAUUCUGAAGUUUGUGAGGAAUGUGCCAUGGGAGUUUGGAGAAGUUGUGCCAGAUUACAUUUUAGGACAGACAACCUGCGCUCUCUUUCUCAGUCUGAGGUAUCACAACCUUAAUCCAAACUAUAUCCAUGAUCRUUUGAAGCAGCUUGGGAACACGUUCACCCUGCGCGUGCUGCUGGUUCAAGUGGAUGUGAAAGAUCCUCAUCAUGCUUUAAAGGAGCUGGCUCGCAUCUGURUCAUGGCUGACUGCACGCUUAUCUUGGCUUGGAGCCCCGAAGAAGCAGGACGUUACCUGGAAACGUAUAAGUCGUAUGAAAAGAAGCCAGCUGACCUCCUGAAGGAGCAAGUGGAAAAAAACUACCUUUCAAAGGUUACAGAUUGUCUGACAACUGUGAAAUCUGUAAACAAAACUGACGCCAUCACCCUGCUGUCCACUUUCUCAUCUGUCGAAGGAAUCAUCAGUGCCUCUAAGGAAGACUUGGUUCUCUGUCCCGGCCUUGGACCACAAAAGGCAAGACGACUUCAUGAUGUACUUCACAAACCUUUUCUCAAGUCAAAGACGGACAACAGCUGAGAUGUUUUAUUCUGAAUGUGUGACAAAAACAAAACAUGACAUGAUUAGGCAGAACUGUACAUACAUUUUAAAAUAAUAAUUAAUUGGUCAUUUACUGAAAUGUUUAAAAAUAUGUCUGAAAAUGUUUCGUUUUACCCUAAACUGCAAAGUGUUUUACAGUUUGAGUUUUGUAAUUGAGUUUAACAAAUAAUAAAAUAUUUUUAUACUGUA